CAAAAAAACAAGGAACCAACUCCUGUUUUCUACAAUCAUUGUCCUCCAAAGCCCAGCCAACAACCUAACAAAGGUUUUUCCAGCUUUUGCCUUAAUUGCGCCUCUCUCUCUCUCUCCCUCUAUGAUCUUCUAACUGAAAACCCUAAUUGGGCAGUAAAAAUCAACAUCAAUCACUUAUGGAGGACACAGAAGGAGGUCUUAGCUUCGAUUUCGAAGGAGGCCUUGACUCCGGUCCCACCAAUCCCACUGCCUCCUUGCCCGCCAUCCCUUCCGACAACACUGCCGCAGCCGCUGCCACUAACAAUAACUCCGUCGUCUCUACUGUCUCUUCUACUGACCCAGCCGCAGCCGGCGCCAACCAGCCUGGGCGGCGGAGCUUCCGGCAAACUGUUUGUCGGCAUUGGCUGCGUAGCCUUUGCAUGAAAGGCGAUGCCUGUGGUUUCCUUCACCAAUACGAUAAGUCUCGAAUGCCUGUUUGCAGGUUCUUUAGGCUUUACGGAGAGUGCCGAGAGCAGGAUUGCGUGUAUAAGCAUACCAAUGAGGAUAUUAAGGAGUGCAAUAUGUACAAGCUAGGGUUUUGUCCAAACGGUCCUGACUGUCGGUAUAGGCAUGCAAAGUUGCCUGGACCUCCACCUCCUGUAGAAGAAGUCCUUCAGAAGAUUCAGCAAUUGAAUUCUCACAAUUAUGGAUCCUCUAACAAAUUUUUUCAACAGAGGGGUGCUGGUUUUCAGCAACAUACAGAAAAAUCUCAAUUUUCACAAGGUCCCAACAAUAUGGGUCAGGUUGUAACAGGAAAACCCUCAGGACCAGAGUCUGUUAAUGUGCAGCAGCCUCAGCAGCAGCAGCAACAGCAGCAGCAGCAGCAGCAACAGCAGCUGCAGCAACAGCAGCAGCAACAUCAACAACAACAACAACAAGGGCAACAGUCUCAACAGCAAGCCCCUCAGGCCCAAACACAAAAUCUUCCAAAUGGUCAGCCCAUUCAAGCAAGCAGAAUUGCGAUGCCUUUGCCUCAAGGAAUAUCUAGGUAUUUUAUUGUUAAAAGUUGCAACCGCGAAAAUUUGGAAUUGUCUGUACAACAAGGAGUUUGGGCAACUCAAAGGAGCAAUGAAGCUAAAUUGAAUGAAGCUUUUGACUCUGCUGAAAAUGUGAUUUUAAUUUUCUCAGUUAAUCGGACUCGACAUUUCCAGGGAUGUGCAAAGAUGACAUCCAAAAUUGGUGCAUCUGUUGGUGGGGGAAAUUGGAAAUAUGCUCAUGGAACUGCACAUUAUGGACGGAAUUUCUCAGUCAAAUGGUUGAAGGUACAUCUAUGUUUAUGCAGAUUAUCAUUCCCAUAAAACUCGCAUUUGAGGAACCCAUACAAUGAGAACUUACCGGUGCAGAUCAGCAGAGAUUGUCAAGAGUUAGAGCCCUCAGUUGGUGAGCAGUUAGCUUCAUUACUUUAUCUUGAGCCAGAUAGUGAACUCAUGGCAGUCUCAGUUGCAGCAGAAGCAAAAAGAGAAGAGGAAAAAGCUAAGGGAUUGAAUCCAGACAAUGGAGGGGAGAACCCAGAUAUUGUUCCAUUUGAAGACAAUGAAGAAGAAGAAGAGGAAGAAAGCGACGAAGAGGAGGAGAGCUUUGGCCAGGCUCUUGGGCCAGCAGGUCAAGGGCGAGGCAGAGGCAGGGGAAUCAUGUGGCCUCACAUGCCACUGGCCCGUGGAGCUAGACCCAUGCCUGGGAUGCGAGGCUUUCCCCCAAUGGUGAUGGGUGCUGACGGGUUUUCUUACGGACCAGUGGCACCUGAUGGUUUUGGGAUGCCUGAUCUUUUUGGUGUAGCGCCUCGUGGUUUUACUCCAUAUGGUCCAAGGUUUUCUGGUGACUUUACAGGCCCUGCAUCUGGCAUGAUGUUUCCUGGGCGACCUUCCCAACCUGGGGUUUUUCCAGCUGGUGGAUUUGGCAUGAUGAUGGGUCCGGGACGUGCUCCUUUUGUUGGAGGGAUGGGCCCCACUACUACAAAUCCACUUCGAGGCAGUUGGCCACCAGGGGGUAUGCCAUUUCCACCAAUACCUAAUCCAUCUACUCAAAACACCAUCAGACCUGUUAAAAGAGAUCAGCGGACAACUACUAAUGAUCGGAAUGACAGAUAUAGUGCAGGAUCAGAACAAGGCAGGGGUACAGCUGGCGGACAGGAAGAUGAUGGACAGUUCCAGCAUGAAGGAAUAAAGGCUUCCCAUGAAGAUCAAUUUGGUGCUGGAAACAGCUUUCGAAAUGACGACAGUGAAAGUGAGGAUGAGGCACCAAGGCGAUCGAGGCAUGGGGAAGGGAAGAAGAAGCGACGAGGCUCAGAAGGAGAUGCAACUCCAGGUUCUGAUCACUAACAGUAUUACUAGCAGAGCUUAAGGGUGGUGAAGGAUAACUAAUUUGCAGUUCCAAAUUAUAGGCACAUUAAUUUAAAACGGUCUCAUCCAGUAUGGCCUAUUGAGCGUUUUCAGUUUUUUCUUUGCUUUGUUUUUUCCCCAAAUUUUUUCUUGAGGGGUUAACAUGUCAAAAAUUAUGUAGCCAAAUUUGUGUAUAUUUGUAUCUUCAAAUGAAUGUAAGGUUGGUUAUUAAUGCGAUCUAAGUUUUGAUGGGCAAGCCUUAUCAAUUUUCCA